AUGAGCCGUCCUAGUACACCUAACCCACCUCCCGAGCGCAUCGGUAGUCCUAUGUUCCCUGGAGAUGGGCGAAGAGGUACUAGAGGACACGCUUGCCUCACCUGCCGUCAAAGACGUAUUAAAUGCGACGGUCGCCGUCCUAUCUGCGCGCAAUGCGAGCGCCACAAUAGGUCUGAGGAAUGCGAGUAUACAGAUUCGGGCCCAUCGCCUGCGCGAGUCCUUGAGCAGAAUAUCCAAGCGCUUGAGCAACGUCUGCAGCAGCUUCAGUCCUCGCGCUCCGGUCCGACAGCGGAGAUUACCUUGCACGAUCCGUACGCAACGGCGACAGCUGCCAACCCUCCCGGGUAUCCUCGUAUUCUUGAUCGUGCUUCUUCCUCGAAUUGGUGGGCGUCGGACGAACCGCCUGCCAGCGUGGUGCAGUAUCUGGUUCAUACAUUCCUGCCAUACGCCGCUAACUUCGGUUUCUUCCUCGACGAGUCCCGCUUUCGGUCUGCUGUCCUACCGGAUAUACAAGCCGGACGAUCCUCUGCCUUGAUCACCUGCAUGUGCCUUUGCGCCGCCUCCGCUCUGCGGGUUUCCUCUCUUCUUCCCCUCGUACCCCAUAUGCUUUCUCGUGCAACGUCGCAAACAGCGCACGCGUUGGCUAGUAGGCGACCUCAAGACGUGAUGCAUUACAUCCAGGCGGAGAUUCUUCUGGCGCAUUACUAUAUCAUCAACGGACGAUUCCUAGAAGCUAGGCAACGCCUCAGUGCAGUCGCCGCUGUCAUCUUAGCGUGCGGUCUACAUAAAACACGGACGUCGCGCCCCGCCACUAUUGGGAACAGCGAUCUGCGAAUGCCAUGUGCAGUUGAUCCAGUAGAAGAAGGAGAGCGUAUAAUUGCUUUUUGGACCAUCGUUUCCCGCGACAAGGAAUGGACCGUUGCCAUGGGCGAAUCAUCAAGUUUACCUAUUCCCAGCGACAGACCGGAAAGCCAAGUUGAUACGCCAUGGCCUCUCUGCAGGAGUGACUACACGCAAGGUCGCCUUCUCCCCACUAUGACUAGCAGCCUGACAGUGGAGAAUUUUCUUCGUGGCGUCGAUGGUACACGAUCGCCUAGCAUUCUAACCGUGCACGCCAAAGCGGCCAUCCUAUGGGAGAGGGCCUUCUUACUCGGAAAAUCCUAUCGGCCAAAUAUGCCACAGCAGCGACUCGCGACUUUUGUGGCAACCCUCAAUUCCCUCGACACGAUCAUGGCCAGACUUGCGCGGCGCGACCUUCCACCCUUCUUUGGCUCAAGGGAUCUCGGUGAGCAGCGCGCCCUGCUGGCUGCCCAUGGUACCGUCUACGCAGCCUGCAUCCAGCUGCAUCGGCCUGUUGCGCUGGCCAAUCCACAAUCGGGACAAAAGAUGCUCAUGGCCGCCAAGGAGAUCUUCUCCUUCCCAUCGCGGCUUGCGAUAUCCGAGAUGCGCAUCGUAGAUCCAAUGAUGGGGUCUAUAUGGCUGCUUGCUGCGUAUGUAGUGGCCGGAGAGCUGAUGCGACUACGUGAGGCAUCUCGCGGCCGUGCGGGUGGCAGCGAGAGAGCUGCAGCGGAUGAGCUGUCAAGGCUGAUGCACUCGGCGCUCGCGAUCAUAGAACCUGUAUCAAGAAGCAUACCGUUGCUUGGAGACCGGAUCGACAAAGUUAGACAACUGUUCACAGCCGCUUCUUCCUCGUGA